AGUACACAAAAUGUCGGGAGGACCGGCAGAGUUAGACCUGCGGUGAGAGAGUUAUUGGAAGAAAAACCCCAACUGGAAGGAAACCACGACUGUAGACGAGGGAACAGCAACAAGUGAACCUGCCCGAGGACUGAGAGCAUCAACUGGAGAGAAACCCUUCUGACUCGGAGAUUCCAGUGAUUCAGUCAGGAGAAAGUUUGGGACCCUGCAGUAUUGUGUCCAGCUCCUCGUGCUAUAGCCAAAUUGAUUGGUGGAUUCCUGGCUACUCCAUAGGAGAGAAAAGUGAUCAUCCAGAAUCGCUCAGUUGUUCCUCUCCGCUGCCGUGCACCUUUUUCACCAUAUGUUAAUGUGAAGAGUGAACAGUAAAUGGUUAAUCUUACUGCGAUCUGGUUUGCAUUGGCUGUGGUUUAUCCGGACGUUAAAUUCGGCGUUUCGUUACACCCGAAGGAGAACGUUACAGUUAAAAAUGACAAGGAAUUUGUCUACGGGAAUCUCAAACAGAUCACGUCAGGUUUGCUGUCUCUAUCCAGAUAUUUAAGACGAGGAGCAAGGGAUUCAUUCAACCUUCCUUCCUGCUCAGACUGUGUGGAGGGAUUCAUUUGCUCAUCUGACCGACUGGCACACCCGUUAUUUUACACAAGAGAGAGUCCGUUCAUAUUCUCAGACUGUGGGAAGGGAUUCACUCGGUCAUCUCAACUGAAGGAACAUCAGCGGGUUCACACUGGCCAAGGCCAUUCAUCUGUUUUGUGGGUGAGAAGGGAUUCAGUCACUCUUCUCAGCUGUGGACACACCAGUCAGUUCACACUGGGCAGAGGCUGGUCAUCUGCUGAAUUUGUGGGGAAGGAUUCACUCGGUCAUCUGAUCUAAUGGCUCAUCAGCGAGUUCGCACUGGGGAGAGGCCAUUCACCUGCUCGGACUGUGGGAAGGGAUUCAAAUACUCAUCUAAACUGAAGGAACACCAGCGAGUUCACACUGGAGAGAAGCCGUUCACCUGCUCAGACUGCGGGAAGAGAUUCACUCGUUCAUCCACCCUAAUGGCACACCGGCGAGUUCACACCGGGGAGCGGCCGUUCACCUGCUCAGACUGUGGGAAGGGAUUCACUUGCUCAUCUAAACUGAAGGAACAUCAGCGAGUUCACACUGGAGAGAAGCCGUUCAGCUGCUCAGACUGUGGGAAGGAAUUCACUCGGUCAUCCGACCUACUGACACACAGGUCAGUUCACACUGGGGAGAGGCCGUUCACCUGCUCGGACUGUGGGAAGGGAUUCACUUGGUCAUCGGACCUACUGGUACACCAGCGAGUUCACACUGGAGAGAGGCCGUUCACCUGCUCAGACUGCGGGAAGGGAUUCACUUGCUCAUCCCAACUGAAGGUACAUCAGAGAGUUCACACUGGGGAGAGGCCGUUCACCUGCUCAGAGUGUGGGAAGAGAUUCACUCGGUCAUCUGAACUACUGGUACACAAGUCAGUUCACACUGGGGUCAGGCUGUUCACCUGCUCGGACUGCGGGAAGGGAUUCACUCGGUCAUCCACCCUAAUGGCACACCAGCGAUUUCACACCGGGGAGCGGCCAUUCACGUGCUCAGACUGUGGAAAGGGAUUCCCUUGCUUAUCUAACCUGAAGGAGCAUCAGAGAAUUCACACUGGAGAGAGGCCGUUCUCUUGCUCAGACUGUGGGAAGGCAUUCAUUUCGUCAUCUAAACUGAAGGUACAUCAGCGAAUUCACACUGGGGAGAGGCCAUUCACCUGCUCAGACUGCGGGAAGGGAUUCACUCAGUCAUCUGACCUACUGGUACACCAGUCAGUUCACACUGGAGAGAGGCCGUUCACCUGCUCAGACUGCGGGAAGGGAUUCACUCGGUCAUCCAAACUACUGGUACACCAGCGAAUUCACACUGGCGAGAAGCCGUUCAACUGUUCAGUCUGUGGGAUGAGAUUCAGUCAGUCAUCCACCCUACAGAGACAUCAGCGAGUUCACACUGGGGAGAAGUCGUUCACCUGCUCAGUCUGUGGGAGGAGAUUCACUCGGUCAUCCCACCUACUAAGUCAUCAGCGAGUUCACACGGGAGAGACUGUUCACCUGCUGUGAAUGUGGGAAAGAAUUCAUAUGGUCAUCUUGACUACAGAGACACCAGCAAGUUCACACCAGUGGUAGAGGCUGUCCACCUGCUCAGACACUGGGAGGAGUUUCUCUCAGCCUUCUCAAUCAAAUGUGCAUGAUUGAGUUCAGGCUGGGUACAGGCCGUUCACCUGCUGUGAAUGUGGGAAGGGAUUCACUCAGUAACCUAACCUUGUGACUACACUACUGGGUUCAUACUGGGGAGAAAGUUUCAGUAAGCUUCAUGCUGGAGAUUUGUCCGUCACCAUUGCUGAAUGCAAUUUCAACAGUGACUAUCGGUGCUGAACUCUGCAAUUAUUGCUGCUGCUCACCACAUCCAGU